AUGACGGCCAACGAGGAACAGUGGGACCUCGACACCGAUGAGAUCCGCUCAAUCGAUUCGGAAGAACUGUACGAGACCAGACCCAACCGCUGGAAGGGCAGCAAAGCGACUUGGCACGUCUACACGCAGGAGGAGCGCCUCACUUACAAAUCGCUCGAAGAAGUCCGCAACCGCGACCUGUCGGUUCACUUGUACAAUGCGUUUGCGCUGAAAAACCGUGAGACCCGGGGGGGUGCAGCAGAGCCUGACGCAGAGGACGCGGAUAGACCGCUUGAGGAGAUUGUGGAUGCUAGCGACUGGCGCCCGCCAAACCCGUGGACUGCCUGGCCUAUGAACACGCAGACGGUACCCGGCGACGACUUCCUGAAGCAGACGCAUGACGAGGACGAUGAGUUCACGAUCCGGUCCAAUGCGCCUCAGAUGCCCAGCACCGCCCUGGAGGACGAGCUCACGGCCACGAUUCUAAGGCAGGCCAAAGAACGCUUCUACCAACGGCAGGAAAAGUACAAGCGGAAAGAGGCCGCUGCACAGCAUGCCGCCGCCGCAACGUCGCAAUCGGCGGCAACGAUGUCCGGCGUCACCUCAGACGACGAGGACGACUUCAAACCACCCGCGGAAGAUGAGCCACAACCUGAACCUGCUGAGAAACAGCCGCAGAAUCAACGAACAAAGACGUACGAAGCAGUCGUCUCCGCCAACGACGACCUCUCGGCAAACCUCCUCCGCCCGUCCGUCAGACACAUCCUGACCGUGAUGGACAACACCCUGACGACCCUGCACAACGCCCGUCUGGCGGGCCUGAGCUACAUGACCGACUCCUCCGCCUCGGCGACAGAUCUCUCCGACGCGGAGGGCUCCGACAGCGCCGUCUCCCGGCGGUCUCGAUCGCGCACGCCGUCGAGGAAGGGUGGGAAGCGAAGCCGGUCGCGGAGUCAGGCGCCGCGCACACCGGAACCGCGCACGCCGGAGCCGGAGCGCAGCGCCUCUGGCAAGAGGGGAAAGGGACGCCCGAGGAAGGUCCAGACGCCGUUGCCGGGGGAGACGGAGAGGGAGAUGGUGAUUCGGAUUGCGAGGGCGCAGAAGAAGAAGAUUCCAGCCGCGUCUGAUGCGGAGGAUAAUAACGCCAACAUGGAUAAUAUUGCGGCCAUACAUGAAAACGACGCCGACGACGAAGACAUGAGCCCUGAAAAGCGCCGUCCAACACCGAAAUCCCCCGCCAGAUCUCCCCGCAAAAAGCGCGACCUGCCCCCCGAAGCACGCAUGGAAGCUCGCACUAAAGCGCGCGAGGCGAUGCUCGGCAACUGGGGCCUGCGCGACUGGAGCGACGUCCUCGGCGCGGCGUCCAUCUCGGGCUUCAAACCGGAGGUCGUCGCGCGCGCGGCGCAGCGGUGCGCGGAUCUGUUCGGGCAGGGGAUGGACAUGCAGACUCUCGUCGAAGGGCCGGCGUCUAAGAGAUCGAAGCCGCAGAGGACGCGCUAUCUCCCCGGGAUGCGGCGCCACCGCGCGGUUUCGUUGUCGAGCUCGGAAGACGAGGGGGAUCGUCGAUUCCGAGGCGAGGGCGGGGAGUAG